AUGGCAACACUACAGCCCACAAUCCUCCCACCAGCAACCCCCUCCGAACUCCUCCAACACCUCAUCGCAAACACCACCUACCCAACAACCGUAAUCAUAGGCUGGCCACGCGAAGACUUCAUAAACGGCCUCACCGAAGACAUAAACCAACAGCAACCCAACACCACCGACGCAGAACCCCCUCCCAGCCACCCCCUUCUCCGCGCAACACUCUUCCAGACAGCUAUAUCACGACACAUCAACAUCGUCUUCACACCCACAGUCACCCACCUCCGCGCCUAUCUAGCCACAUUCGCAGCCUCCAAAUCCAGAAUACCACCGCCGCCAAAUCAAGCGUUAAGAAAACCACCACUACUAAUGGUGUAUGGGUUUCUGGAAAUCCACAGAGACGGAUUGGAGUGGUCGGCGCAGGGGUUGAGCCUUACGGGAGCUACAUUCGUGCAAGGGGCGCUGAAGGAUGGAUUUCGCGCAGUUAUUAUUGAGCCGAGACGGACUACGGAAGAGGAGGAGCUGGACAAGCUGCUGAAACAGACUGUGCCUGUGGUGAGGGGGGCGACGAUGAAGGAUGAUGGGUCGUGGAGCUGUCCGGUUGUGUCAUUGCAUAGAGUACUAGGGAGUUGGUUCAGUAUAGAUGAGAAAAGAGACGAAUGA